GCGAUCUCAAACUUGGAAGCAUUGGUUAAUCUGGAAGUGCUGGAUAUGAGUUAUAAUCGAAUUCGCAAGCUUGAAGGGUUAUCUGGCUUGUGUAGUUUGAAAAAGGUUUAUUUCGUUCACAAUAAAAUCACGACAAUUGAAGGAUUAGAGAGUCUGAAAAAGCUUGAAUUAUUGGAAUUAGGCGAUAAUCGUAUCAAGAAAAUCGAAAAUAUCGAUCAACUGAGUAAUCUUCGUGAGCUGUACAUGGGUAAGAACAAGAUUCAUAAGAUCGAAAAUUUGGAGAAACUUCAUAAUCUGAUAGUAUUGAGUCUGCCGAUGAGGAUUUUCGUGCAAGAUGAGAGUGUUAAAUGA